AGAGAAAAAGGAAGAUAAAAGGGAAACUGAAAUUGAAAUUGAUUGAACUGAGCAUACCGCUUGCUGGAAUCCACUGAGGUAAAUGGCAAGAGAGCAUUCAUCUUUUCCGGGACAGACUGCAGCCAUGGUGACAUCAGUAAUGGCCGGAACCACCAUGAAGUUGGCAAACCCUGACAGGAACACCGUCACAAACAGGUGGCUCAGCCCUGAUAACUUCUUCGCCGUCUCCAUAAUUCCUACCACCAGUAAGACCCUGCUUACUACUUUAUGGUAACACCAGGAAAUGAAACUUCCAUAGAGAACAUAUAAUAUAUAAUAUUCCCCUAAGAAAAUGUUCCCAUGGGU